GUACGGAGUACCUCUCCCUUGAAUCCUCAUCGCCAGCCAUCUCUGCACCCUAGCGACGAUGAGGACAUCAAUCGUGGCAUGCUGUCUGCUUUUCGCUCUCGCCAGCGCCCAUGGCUCGCACCCACAGGAAGAGACGGUCAAGCCAGAAGAUGACUGGGCUCUGUACCACAUGCAGGAAGAACACCACAUCUCAAACUUCGACCCUUCGUCGUUCUUUUCCCUUCACGACUUCAACAAUGACGGUGUCUGGACUCCUGACGAGGUCCGACGGACGUACGGGCUAGACGACGAAUCUCUCAAGUCCACCGCGGCCGAUGUCAAAGACAAAGCCGUCCUCAACGCCUUCAAGAUCUUCGAUACUGCCAACAGUGGUGUAAUCACGCGCGACCAAUGGCUCAACGGCGUGCGCGCGGGCAAGAAGCUGCCCGAUUCCGGGCUGGGACCGGGCCACCACGGCGAUGAUGAAUAUGAAUACGAAAUCCACCAUUUCGAGAAAUACCACGACGAGAACACGAAGGAGGAGGACUUGAUACACCCAGAAGACAUCGAACAUUUCAGGAAACACGAUAUGAUGGAAGACGAGGCGGAGCGGGUGUUGCGGGAACAACAGCAAAACAUUGUCGAGAAGAACAUCCCGAUGAAGUUCAGAAAGCAACAAUAAUGGUGACGACCGCAAGAGACAUUUUCAGAAGGCACGAGAUCAUGUACGAUUACCGGUAGAAAGCUGAAAGACACGAAUUUCAUCCAUUGGGUUUGAUCUGAAUAUCAUAGACACAGUGCAUCACUCCCGGUGCGUACGUCUUGACCUGCUGAACAUGAUCCGAAGAGACAGAC